AUGCCUCUAAGAAGCCUGCCGCGAGGCUCAUUCGCCCUACGAACCGCCAGGGGAGGGGCGUUAUGGCGGACAUGCGGAGCUGGUGCGGGAGUGGGAAGAAUAACGCAGAGACGAUGGGCGAGUGAGAAGAACAAGAUGGGCAAGGAUGACGAGAAGCCAUUUUACCUCCAACUCAAUGAGAGUAUCUACGAGCGUGUACAGAAAGAAAAGGCGGAGCAGAUCAAGAUUCAGUCAUUGCAGCAAAGAACGGCAAGAGGACAAUUCUUUGCAACAGUAUUCGCAUGUCUUCUUACUGCAAGUAUAGGCUACUACUACGGCCAGAUGAUUCCUCCCAAGCCAGACAUGAACUCGACUGCACCGCUCGAUACCUUCAAUCCCCCUAAGCACAAUAUCUCAGAAGCAAACAUGGAAGCAGCCUGGACAGAUCUCCGCGACAUUGUCGGCAGGGAGAACAUUACACUGGACAAGAACGAUCUAGAGUCACACAGCGGAUCUUCGUGGUCUUCGCAUCCCUCACAACCAGGCGAUGUGCCAUUCUGCGUCGUGAAGCCGGGCAGCACACAAGAAGUCAGUGCAAUCAUGAAGAUCUGCCACGAGCGCAAGAUCCCAGUCACUCCAUAUAGUGGAGGCACGAGUUUGGAAGGCCACUUUGCGGCAACAAAAGGCGGCAUAUGCAUCGACUUCAGUCGCAUGGACAAGAUCAUAAAACUACACAAGGACGAUUUGGACGUUGUAGUUCAGCCGGCAGUAGGUUGGGAACUCCUGAACGAGGAGCUUGCAAAGGAAGGCCUGUUCUUUCCUCCCGAUCCAGGUCCAGGCGCAAUGAUCGGCGGCAUGGUCGGAACAGGAUGCUCUGGCACGAAUGCUUAUCGCUACGGCACAAUGAAGGAUUGGGUAAUAUCGUUAACCGUGGUCCUGGCUGAUGGAACCGUCAUCAAAACGCGACAACGACCGCGAAAGUCUUCCGCCGGAUACGACCUCACGCGCAUGUUCAUCGGUAGCGAAGGCACUUUAGGCCUUGUCACAGAGGCUACGCUCAAGGUCACUGUAAAACCACAACACACCAGUGUAGCCGUAUGCGCCUUCCCGUCUGUUCGCGCAGCAGCGGAUUGCGUCUUCAAGGUGGUUGGCGCCGGUGUACCUAUCGCUGCCAUCGAGAUCCUCGACGAUGUUCAAAUGCAAUGCAUAAAUGACGCGGGGCAAACAUCCAAGACAUGGAAGAACGCACCGACGCUCUUCUUCAAGUUCGCCGGUACCCAAAGUUCCGUUAAGGAACAGGUCAGCCAGGUGCAAGGCAUGGCUAAGAAAGCCGGCUCCGUUAGUUUUGAGUUCGCAAAGUCUGAACAAGAGAAAGAAGACCUGUGGCAAGCGCGAAAGGAGGCACUAUGGAGUGUCAUGGCCAAGGGCGAAGGUGAUCCAGAGAUGGGAGUUUGGACCACAGAUGUAGCCGUGCCGAUAUCUAAGCUUCCUCAAAUCAUCGAAGAGACCAAAGAACAAAUUCGACAGAGCGGUCUGCUCGCCAGUAUCGUAGGACAUGUUGGAGACGGAAACUUCCACUCAAUCAUCCUAUAUAACCGCAAUCGCGACCACGAAAAAGCGUCCCACCUCGUCCACGAAAUGGUCAAACGCGCCAUCGAACUCGAAGGUACAGCCACAGGUGAACACGGCGUUGGUCUCGUCAAGAGAGAUUACCUACCACAUGAAGUAGGCCAAAGUACCGUUGAUGCAAUGAGACAGCUCAAGAAGGCUUUCGAUCCUCUUUGCUUGCUCAACUGCGAUAAGGUCGUUCGUGCGACACUGCCUAAGCAAGGGGAGGUUGCUGAGUGGUAA